CUUUGCUUUCUUGCCCAUCCCGUCGAAUGAUGAGGCGGUUUCAUGCUAAGGCUGCCUAGGCGACGUGCUGCGAGCAGGGCGGGGAAGACCAGCAAUGGUCUGGGGAGAAGUUGAGGAGGAGGUGGGAGUACGGCUCACUCGCCUUCUGGUGCAGUCGCCCGCCUGCCUGCCUGCCUGCCUGCCUGCCGGCCCGCCGGCCGGCCUCCCUCCUCCUCCUCCUUUUCAGGAUUCCUGGUUUACAGCCGUUGCUCCUGCUCUUGACAGAAAUACCUUUUCUUUACACUGAGUUGCAAAUCUGUUAUGAUCAUCUGUAGACGACUACGUUCUUCAUUACCCAGUCAGAGAAUGAACUGAGAUUUGCGGAGAAUUUUUUUUUUUUUUAAAGGGCUAAUUUUACAUAUCAGCUGCACUUUUUCCACAGUUAAGAACUAUAACCAUGUUUGCAAGGCAGUGACUUUCUCUUUGCAAGAAGCUUAGACGGUAUAAUGAGACCCAUAGCACCAGCAUUCUGCACCUGACGCAGACAGGCUCGUGCUUUCUGCCUUCUGCUGGAUUUGACUUGGAAUUUGCCUCUGUGUGUGCGCUCCCCCCUCCAAGUUAUCUGGGUUGCAAAACUGGGAAAGCAGCAACGGCUGCUCAUCUUUGGCAGUAGAAGAUUAUGGUGGCGGCUCAACACUAGCAAGCUAGCAGGAGCAACAGCAGAGCAGAACUCUGGAUGCAUUUUCACUAAAAAUCCUCAGCAUCAGGAAGGGCAGCUGGAUGAUUUGGCAGCCAAGCAAAAAUUGAGAGCAUUUGUAACAAAGAAGCAGGAAAAGCAAGAACGUGGGGCUGGGGGCAGUAGCACAUUUUUUUGUGCUUCUAGGGAGGGGGGUUGAUGAUCAUGGCGGAUCGGACAGCUCCUAGAUGCCAGCUCCAUCUGGAGUGGGUAUAUGGGUAUAGGGGUCAUCAGUGCCGCAACAACCUGUACUACACGGCAGGCAAGGAAGUGGUUUACUUCGUGGCUGGAGUCGGGGUGGUUUAUAACACCAGAGAGCAUACACAGAAAUUUUUCCUGGGGCACAAUGAUGACAUUAUCAGCCUAGCUUUGCAUCCCAAUAAAACCCUUGUUGCUACAGGGCAAGUUGGCAAGGACCCUUAUGUCUGCAUCUGGGAUUCCUACAAUAUACAGGCUGUUUCUGUACUGAAAGAUGCACAUACCCAUGGAGUUGCAUGCUUGGCUUUUGAUUCAGAUGGCCAGCGUUUAUCUUCAGUGGGAUUGGAUGCCAAAAACACAGUCUGCAUUUGGGACUGGAAGAAAGGAAAACUACUGGCAUCAGCUACUGGCCACUCAGACAGGAUUUUUGAUAUUUCCUGGGACCCAUAUCAACCUAACCGAGUGGCUAGCUGUGGAGUGAAACAUAUCAAGUUUUGGACUUUGUGCGGAAAUGCCUUGACAGCCAAAAGAGGAAUAUUUGGCAAAACAGGAGACCUGCAAACUAUCCUCUGUUUGUCUUGUGCGAAAGAUGAUGUUACAUUCUCUGGUGCUUUAAAUGGAGACAUCUAUGUCUGGAAAGGGCUCACCUUAGUCCGUACAAUCCAAGGAGCUCAUGGUGCUGGAAUUUUUAGCAUGUAUGCAUGUGAGGAAGGUUUUGCAACUGGUGGGAGAGAUGGCUGUAUUCGACUGUGGGAUAUUGAUUUCAAGCCAAUAACUAAAAUUGAUCUCAGGGAGACUGAGCAAGGAUAUAAAGGUUUAUCUAUCCGAAGCGUGUGUUGGAAAGCAGAUCGACUUCUAGCAGGAACACAGGACAGUGAAAUAUUUGAAGUGAUUGUGAGAGAAAGAGAUAAGCCAAUGCUCAUAAUGCAAGGUCACUGUGAAGGCGAGCUCUGGGCUCUGGCAGUCCAUCCAAAAAAACCAUUAGUUGUUACUGGCAGUGAUGAUCGAUCUGUGCGCUUAUGGAGCCUUGCUGAUCAUGCCUUGAUUGCCCGAUGCAAUAUGGAAGAAGCUGUGCGGAGUGUAUCUUUCAGCCCUGAUGGAUCUCAGCUGGCUCUGGGAAUGAAAGAUGGCUCUUUCAUUGUUCUGAGAGUAAGAGAUAUGACAGAAGUUGUUCAUAUCAAAGAUCGGAAAGAAGUGAUUCAUGAAAUGAAGUUUUCACCAGAUGGCUGCUAUCUUGCAGUGGGUUCUAAUGAUGGUCAGGUAGAUAUCUAUGCAGUUGCUCAGCGAUAUAAGAAAACUGGAGAGUGCAACAAGUCUUCUAGUUUUAUCACUCAUAUUGACUGGUCUCUAGACAGUAAAUUCUUGCAAACAAAUGAUGGUGCAGGAGAACGCUUCUUCUACAGGAUGCCAUCUGGAAAACAGUUGGCAAACAAAGAUGAGAUCAAAGGAAUUCAUUGGGCUUCAUGGACCUGUGUGAUAGGAUCAGAAGUAAAUGGAAUCUGGCCAAAGUACAGUGAUGUUACAGACAUUAACUCUGUGGAUGGAAAUUAUAAUAAUACAGUUUUAGUGACUGGAGAUGAUUUUGGAUUAGUUAAAUUAUUCAGAUUUCCAUGUCUUAAGAAAGGAGCAAAAUUCAGAAAAUACGUCGGCCAUUCUGCUCAUGUUACAAAUGUCCGCUGGUCACAUGACUUUCAAUGGGUAAUAAGUACAGGAGGUGCAGAUCAUUCUGUUUUUCAGUGGCGGUUUAUUCCAGAAGGUGUAACAACUGGAGUCUUUGAAACAGCCCAUAUAGAAUGUGGCAUAGAUUCACAUAGUGAAGAAUCAGAUUCUGAUUUAUCUGAUGUGCCAGAAUUAGAUUCAGAUAUUGAACAAGAAGCUCAAAUCAAUUAUGUUCGACAGGUUUACAAAGAAGAUCUACCUCAACUGAAACAGCAACGUAAAGAGAAAAGCCAUUCAGUGCCCUUCCUUAAGAGAGAGAAAGCUCCUGAAGACAGUUUAAAGCUGCAAUUUAUACAUGGUUAUAAAGGCUAUGAUUGUCGAAACAAUUUAUUCUACACACAGACUGGGGAAGUGGUUUAUCAUAUUGCUGCUGUUGCUGUGGUGUAUAAUAGACAACAACACACCCAAAGACUAUACCUUGGUCAUGAUGAUGAUAUUCUCAGCCUUGCCAUCCAUCCUAUGAAAGAUUAUGUUGCUACUGGACAGGUUGGAAGAGAUGCUGCUAUUCACAUUUGGGAUAUACAGACACUCAAAUGUUUGUCACUGCUAAGAGGCCAGCACCAAAGAGGAAUAUGUGCACUUGACUUUUCAGCUGAUGGGAAAUGCUUGGCUUCGAUUGGGUUAGAUGAGAAUCAUACCAUUGUACUGUGGGACUGGAAAAAAGGAGAAAAGAUGGCAGUGACCAGGGGUCACAAAGAUAAGCUCUUCGUAGUGAAGUGCAACCCUCAUCAUGCUGAUAAACUGGUGACUGUUGGAAUAAAGCACAUCAAAUUUUGGCAACAAGCAGGUGGUGGUUUUACCUCAAAACGUGGCAUGUUUGGAAAUAUUGGGAAACAGGAAACCAUGAUGAGUAUUUCCUAUGGACGGAUAGAGGAUCUCGUUUUCUCUGGAUCUGCAACUGGAGAUAUUUAUAUCUGGAAAGAUGUUUUGUUGGUUAAGACAGUGAAAGCUCACGAUGGGCCUGUAUUUGCUAUGCAUGCUUUAGAUAAGGGCUUUGUCACAGGUGGGAAGGAUGGCAUGGUGGCACUUUGGGAUGAUACAUUUGAGAGGUGCUUGAAGACAUAUGCCAUCAAAAGAGCAGCACUGUCACCUGGGUCUAAAGGGUUGCUGUUGGAAGAUAACCCAUCAAUCCGUGCCAUCACUUUAGGACAUGGACAUAUACUGGUGGGAACAAAAAAUGGAGAGAUUCUUGAAAUUGAUAAAACUGGUCCCAUGACUCUACUUGUGCAGGGUCACAUGGAAGGAGAGGUCUGGGGUCUGGCAGUACAUCCUCUCUUGCCUAUCUGUGCAACAGUGAGUGACGAUAAAACUCUAAGGAUCUGGGAGCUUUCCUCCCAACAUCGUAUGCUGGCAGUGCGAAAACUUAAGAAAGGCGGACGAUGCUGUGCCUUCUCCCCUGAUGGGAAAGCCUUGGCAGUUGGAUUGAAUGAUGGAAGCUUCCUGGUAGUGAACGCUGAUACUUUGGAAGACAUGCUUUCUUUCCAUCACAGAAAAGAAAUGAUUUCUGACAUCAAAUUUUCUCAAGAUUCAGGAAAAUACCUGGCGGUGGCUUCCCAUGAUAACUUUGUAGAUAUUUACAAUGUACUUACCAGCAAAAGAGUUGGCAUCUGCAAAGGAGCAUCUAGCUAUAUCACACACAUAGAUUGGGAUUCAAGAGGGAAGCUAUUACAAGUCAAUUCUGGUGCCAAAGAACAAUUCUUCUUUGAAGCUCCAAGAGGAAAGAGGCAUAUAAUAAGACCCACAGAGAUUGAGAAGAUUGAAUGGGACACCUGGACAUGUGUACUUGGUCCUACUUGUGAAGGAAUUUGGCCAGUGCAUAGUGAUGUCACUGUUAUCAAUGCAGCUUCCCUUACCAAAGAUAGCACUCUCUUAGCUACAGGGGAUGACUUUGGGUUUGUAAAACUCUUCAGAUAUCCAGUAAAGGGUCAGCACGCCAAGUUUAAGAAAUACGUGGGCCAUAGUUCCCAUGUCACCAAUGUCCGGUGGUUACAUAAUGAUUCUGUGCUGUUGACAGUGGGUGGUGCUGACACCGCCCUGAUGAUCUGGACUCGUGAAUUUGUUGGAACCCAGGAAAGCAAGCUAGUUGACAGUGAGGAAUCGGAUACUGAUGCAGAAGAGGAUGGAGGUUAUGACAGUGACGUUGCACGAGAGAAAGCAAUUGAUUACACUACAAAGAUCUAUGCAGUCAGCAUCCGAGAGAUGGAAGGCACCAAGCCACACCAGCAAUUAAAGGAAGUUUCUGUAGAAGAAAGGCCACCAGUUAGCAGAGCUGCUCCUCAACCUGAGAAACUGCAAAAGAAUAAUGUCAACAAAAAAAGGAAACUGGUUGAGGAACUGUGUUUAGAUCAUGUCUUUGGAUAUCGUGGAUUUGAUUGUCGCAAUAACCUUCAUUACCUCAAUGAUGGUGCUGAUAUUAUUUUCCAUACUGCUGCAGCAUGCAUAGUUCAAAAUCUCUCAACGGGAAGUCAGACUUUCUACCUGGAACAUACAGAUGACAUCCUCUGCCUAACAGUCAACCAACACCCGAAAUAUAAAAAUAUUGUGGCCACCAGCCAGAUUGGUACCACACCAUCUAUCCACAUAUGGGAUGCAAUGACUAAGCAGACUCUCUCUAUGUUGCGUUGUUUCCAUUCCAAAGGAGUGAACUAUGUCAACUUCAGUGCAACUGGCAAACUCCUGGUGUCUCUAGGAGUUGAUCCAGAGCAUACGAUCACAGUGUGGAGAUGGCAGGAAGGUGCUAAAAUUGCAAGCAGAGGAGGCCAUUUAGAGAGGAUCUUUGUUGUAGAGUUUCGUCCAGAUUCUGAUACCCAGUUUGUAUCUGUUGGAGUAAAACACAUGAAAUUCUGGACUCUGGCUGGAAGUGCUUUGCUCUAUAAAAAAGGAGUCAUAGGUUCAUUGGAUGAUGCCAAAAUGCAAACCAUGCUUUCAGUGGCAUUUGGAGCAAAUAAUCUCACUUUCACUGGUGCCAUCAAUGGAGAUGUUUAUGUGUGGAAGGAUCACUUUCUAAUUCGACUUGUGGCAAAAGCUCACACUGGCCCAGUCUUUACAAUGUACACGACUCUUCGCGAUGGGCUUAUUGUUACUGGAGGGAAGGAGAGACCAACUAAAGAAGGAGGGGCUGUAAAAUUAUGGGAUCAAGAGAUGAAGCGCUGCCGAGCCUUUCAACUUGAGACGGGACAGAUUGUGGAAUGUGUGCGUUCAGUGUGCCGAGGAAAGGGCAAAAUUUUAGUGGGGACCAAAGAUGGAGAAAUCCUUGAAGUUGGAGAAAAAAAUGGUGCUUCUAAUCUUCUAAUUGAUAGCCACAUGGAAGGAGAAAUUUGGGGCCUGGCAACUCAUCCCUCCAAAGAUAUCUUUAUCUCUGCUAGUAAUGAUGGAACUGCAAGGAUCUGGGACCUUUGUGAUAAAAAACUUCUGAAUAAAGUUAAUCUGGGCCAUGCUGCAAGAUGUGCUGCCUACAGUCCGGAUGGCGAGAUGGUUGCGAUUGGCAUGAAGAAUGGAGAGUUUAUUAUUUUGCUUGUCAACAGUCUUAAAGUUUGGGGCAAAAAAAGAGAUAGAAAAUCUGCUAUCCAGGACAUCAGAAUCAGCCCUGAUAACCGAUUUUUGGCAGUGGGUUCUCAAGAACAUACUGUAGACUUCUAUGAUCUCACCCAAGGCACAACCUUGAAUCGAAUUGGUUACUGCAAAGACAUCCCAAGUUUUGUUAUUCAAAUGGAUUUUUCAGCAGAUGGCAAGUACAUUCAGGUAUCAACUGGUGCCUACAAACGGCAAGUCCACGAGGUGCCACUAGGAAAGCAAGUGACAGAUGCAGCAUUUAUUGGAAAGAUCACCUGGGCUACCUGGACAAGUAUCCUUGGGGAUGAAGUCAUUGGUAUUUGGCCCCGAAAUGCAGAUAAGGCAGAUGUCAACUGUGCCUGUGUGACCCAUGCUGGCUUGAACAUUGUCUCUGGAGAUGACUUUGGGCUAGUCAAACUCUUUGAUUUUCCAUGUACUGAAAAAUUUGCCAAACAUAAGCGUUACUUUGGUCAUUCUGCACAUGUCACCAACAUACGCUUUUCUCAUGAUGACAAGUAUGUUAUCAGCACAGGAGGAGAUGACUGCAGUGUAUUUGUAUGGCGAUGUCUUUAAAGGUCACAACUCUCCAGGAUCAUUCUUGCCACCACUGCCAUUUGAGUGCCAAACAGUGGACACAUGGGAAGCCUUCAAGAUUUCAGCACUGGCUGGGUUUACAACUGUGUAUAAGUUUAUUUAUUUGUGAAAGAUACAAUUAUUCUGUGUAAUACAUUCCCAAGUAUAUGCAGCCAUGGGGAAAUCAAAUAUGGUAUAAUUUGGUAUUGACUUUAAAUUAAUUCUUCUAAUAGAUAUUAAGAUAUCUCUUGCCAAAUUAAUAUUCAGGAAUACAAUGCCAAGACCAGGGUCUCAAACUCAAAUUGUCAUGAGUGCCACUUGAGUCAUUAGCCUGAGAGCCAUAUGGCUGAAACCUUUCCAUGCAUGGAUUAAGUCCAAAAUGAAAAGUAUCACAUAUACUUUUAUAUACAUAUAAAAGUAUUAAAAUAUUAAAUCAUAA